AUGGGGCUCCACUUGCCAUGGGCGAGUACCGUAGGAGCUCAAACGCUGACCAUCAACAGCGCGGACGCGCUUCCAUCGCCCGGUGCUUGGGCCGAGGCAAGAGAUAUCUGGGCACCUGACGUGGUUGAACUGACCGUCGGCUCGUUCGUUAUGUACUAUAAUGCCCCGCCUAAGGGCGAUCCUGUGCUUCAUUACGUUGGGGUAGCGACAUCGGAAUAUGUAAGCGGGCCAUACAAAGCUGUCGACAACUUUCGCUUGUCCCGUCAAACAAGGUGGCGCCAUCGAUGCCAGUGGUUACCAAGACCCAGUAAAGGUGGCGACUGCGGAAACAGUAUCGAGCCCAUCGUAUCAACACCGGUAUUGCUCCAACAGGUCGGCUUGGAUGGAGUGACGCCUAUCGGCGAUCCAAUGCCCGUUCUAGACCGCGAUGACAGUGACGGGCCUCUGGUAGAAGCACCUUCGAUAUACCAAAGCGCAGAAGGUAUAUACUUCCUCUUCUUCUCGUCCGGUUGCUACACCAGCCCGAGUUAUGACAUCAAGUAUGCCACAGCCGCCGAUAUUGCGGGUCCUUACACCAAGGCUUCAAAGCCACUGCUCAAGUCUGGUGACGGACCGAAUCUGAACGGGGUCGGUGGCGCCAGUGUUUCAGCGGACGGCAAAGUCAUGAUCUUCCAUGCCAACCUGAGCCCUCGUGGUCGACCAUUGUAUAGAGGCAUUUUCACUGCAAAGCCACGAGUUGAUGGAAGGACGGUUACUAUAUAA